CAUCCAAUCGCCCGCCGCCGCCGUUCUCCCCGUUCCUUUUUUGUCGCACCCGGUUUCAACCCUUUUCGGUUCCCCCCCCCUUGGGCUGAUUGGCCCGAUGUCGAUUUGGGUUAGGGAUUUUUAGGGUCUCUCAAUCUAAUUUGACCGUUUCGUACCGCGGGGAAUGUCUCUUUGGGGUUUCGAUAGCAUGCAAUUGGCCCCAUCCGGCGAAUUAUAAUUCAUGGGUCUCUCGUUCUAGGGAUUUCCUUGAUUGGAGGGGUUUAUGGAUUGGAUGAUAUUCUAUGGGGAUACGAUGAUUUUGUGUCUGCUCUGGAUUGAUGAGUUCUGCGGAAUCCUAGAGAUUUAAGACAGUGAUCGGAUUCAGAAAAGAACAGGACAUGAGUUAUGAAAUUUUCUGAGUUUGUUCUUGUUUUUACUGAAGUAGCUGAAAACUGGGAAUUAGGGUCCAUUGGGAAAGUAGUAGAAUGGGAUCAGCUUGAAGGUUCACCGAAUGGAGAAUCAAACAAUGGAGCCUUGGUUUUGUAUACGAUGCGUUCUUGGUGAAUUGGGAGAGCUUUAUAGGAUGCGGAAUUUGAUUAUAGCAUCACUGAGUAAUGCUAACUUUAUUGGGUUGGCACCGCGGGGUCAAAAGGUUUCUUUGUGAGUUAGGAGGUUCCUAUGGCAGGGGUUGUUUUGGAGGAACCGGGAGUUGGGAGGUCUGAUGAGGGAAGCUCGAGCAUGCCAAGCUCUCAUUCUGGUGAAGCCCUCGCAGAAUGGAGGUCCUCGGAACAGGUGGAAAACGGGACGCAAUUGACUACGGCUCCGUACUGGGACACUGAUAAUGAUGAUGAUGGUGGGCCAAAACCGUCCGAACUCUAUGGAAAGUAUACGUGGAAGAUAGAAAAAUUUUCAGAAAUUACCAAGAGGGAGCUCCGUAGCAGUGCGUUUGAAGUUGGCGGCUACAAAUGGUAUAUUUUAAUCUAUCCUCAAGGCUGUGAUGUCUGCAAUCAUCUCUCUUUGUUUCUAUGUGUUGCAAAUCAUGAUAAACUUCUACCAGGGUGGAGUCACUUCGCACAGUUUACAAUAGCGGUGGUGAAUAAAGAUCCAAAGAAAUCAAAAUAUUCAGAUACUUUACACCGAUUUUGGAAGAAAGAGCACGAUUGGGGUUGGAAAAAAUUUAUGGAGCUUUCUAAAAUGUCUGAAGGAUUUGUUGAGGAAGACACACUAAUUAUAAAGGCUCAAGUUCAAGUCAUAAGGGAGAAAGCUGACAGACCUUUCCGUUGCCUUGAUUCUCAAUAUAGAAGAGAACUUGUUAGGGUAUACUUGACAAAUGUAGAGCAGAUUUGCAGACGCUUUGUGGAAGAGAGAAGAGGAAAACUAGGCAAGCUAAUUGAAGACAAAGCUAGGUGGACAAGCUUCUGUGCUUUUUGGAUGGAUAUCGAUCCUGAUUCCAGGAGAAGCAUGUCCAGGGAAAACACAGAUGUGAUUCUCAAAGUAGUUGUAAAGCACUUUUUCAUAGAAAAAGAAGUUACAUCUACUUUGGUGAUGGAUUCCUUGUAUAGUGGAUUAAAGGCUCUUGAAAGCCAGAGCAAAUGCAAGAAGGGAAGGGCAAAAAAGUCUGAUACAGAUGACAUGCCAGCUCCAAUUGUUCGUGUAGAACAAGAUACUUUCUUUUUGGUGGAUGAUGUAUUACCACUACUGGAAAGGGCCGCAAUAGAACCUCUGCCUCCCAAAGAUGAAAAGGGUCCUCAGAAUAGAACGAAGGAUGGAAACUCUGGAGAAGAUUUCAACAAGGACUCAAUCGAGCGUGAUGAAAGACGUCUAACGGAAUUGGGUCGGAGGACAGUAGAGAUUUUUGUCCUUGCUCAUAUAUUCAGCAAUAAGAUAGAAGUUGCUUACCAAGAAGCAGUUGCUUUGAAGAGGCAAGAAGAGCUUAUUCGUGAAGAAGAGGCUGCGUGGCAGGCUGAAAGUGAGCAGAAGGCUAAACGUGGAGCUAAUGCAAAGGAGAAGAAAUCAAAAAAGAAAGCGUCUAAGCAAAAGAGCAAAAAUCGCAAAGCCAAGGACAAAGAGAGAAUGGAUCGACCUGUUGUGUCAGCACAAGACAAGACUCAACAACGAGAAAACCUUGACCAGGAUGAAAAAGAAGAGUUGACAUUUCAGGGAAUUCAGCCCGAGAAUGAAAAGUCUGAUAUGCUUGAAGAUGCCUCAGACGUUUCAGACUUGGUGGAUUGUGUAGGUGAAUCUCUUCAGCCUGAUUCGGAAGAGAGAGAUGCAAGUCCCAUCAACUGGGACACUGACACUUCAGAAGUUCACCCUCCAACAGAAGCUAGUAGCAGUGGAGUUUGUAGCCUGUCGCCUGCUCAGAAUGGUAUAAUGAACGACAAGAGAAGCCCAUCUGUGAUGGAUGAUAGUUCAUCAACCUGUUCUAGUGACUCAGUUCCCUCAGUUGUGACGAGUGGGUCAUACAAGGGGAACCCAUUUCCAAACUACAAAAACCAGAAAUCACCAAGCAGAGGAAAGAGCCAAAGAUCUAAGGCUACAAGUGAGGUGAGCAGUAGGGUCAACCAAGGCGACAGUAAUCCUGGGCCUGCAACAGCAGAUGUAGCAGAGCCGUGCGAUGCUCCGACCAGUAAGGCAACUGAUGUUGAGCUCGAGGCAGUUGCUUCUCCCUUACAGCCCCAUGCAAGCCAACUUGAGAAUCACAAUGUGACAAGGGAUGAAACAUCUUCACAGAAGAGACCAAGCUCCGAAGACCAAAUCGAUGAAGAAAAAGCAUCCAAGGUGAAGUCAGUGACGGGCCAAUCAUCCUCCAGUGGGUCGCUUGAGGAUUCAACUUCAACCUCCAGCAACCAACUAAAGUCGGACCACAAAAAUAGUUCGACACCUGAUCCUGCCUCAGCAAGGAAGGCGCCAGCCACAAGCAUUGCGCAACAGAAUGACAAGGCAACCACUUCAUCCCAAGUGGUAUCGGGUUUGAAACCUGACGUGCAAAGAACAUCGACUCCCAAACCCCCUGAGAAAUCUACUUCUUCUCAAGUGCCUGUGAUGCCUCGGCCUUCUAGUGCUCCUCUUGUGCCUGGUGUCAAGCCUCCUGCUCCUGCAAUCUCCAUUGUCCAGUCCACUCCACUUCUUGCCCGGUCAGUCAGUGCAGUUGGUCGUUUGGGUCCAGAUCCUGCAUCAGCUGCCCCAAGUUAUGUUCCUCAAUCGUAUCGAAAUGCCAUAAUUGGUAACUCUCUGCCAUCAAGUUCGUCUGCUUACUCCCACCCUAGUUCCCCAAGCGCAGGAGCAAAAUCUUCAGGGGCAUUCUCACAGGGGCCCAACUUAGUCUCUUCUUCUCCCAUGUUUUUGCCACCGAGCGAGAGGAUGGGCUUCCCUUUUGGUGCAAUGGGUCGGGAUGUAAUACCCAAUGGUCUGCAACCACAGUGGGUGGAGAAUCAUAAUCCCGAUAACAACAUGAGGAACCUUGAGUAUUACAGGUCCAAUGAACACAGUGGGUCCCAGGAACAGUUCUCGGACCUCCAGGCAGGCCCGUCAGGCCGCCAUGCUCAGGGUUUACUAUCUGAUGAUUUCCCCCACCUUGACAUCAUCAAUGACCUUCUGGAUGAGGAGCAGGGGAUUGGGAAGUUUUCUAGGACGAACCCUGUCUUUCCGCAUUCUCUAAACAGGCAGUUCUCUUUCCCAGGCGAGGUUGGUGUCUUGGGGGACAUGGAAGCAUCUGCUUCUAGUGCCUCUUGCAGGUUCGAGCGGACAAGAAGCUACCGAGAAAAUGGUUUCCAGCGGAGCUACAGCUCAUUUCCAGGUGGGUUCGACUCAGUCCGGGAAUAUAACAUGCCUCAGGUCAGUCCUAUGCCCUAUGCAAAUGGUCAGAUGGAUGGUAUGAUCCCAAGCCAGUGGAGUAUUGCUGGUUCUGACCUGUCAAUGCUGGGAAUGAAGAGUCUCGAGGGGGAGGGAUACCCUUACUAUUCACCCGAGUACUCAAAUUUGGCAUGUGGGGUGAACGGUUACAAUGUAUUUCGGCCUCCGAGCGGUCCUUGAGUUGGAAGGGGUGAUAUGACAGGGUCGGCCUCUGCCCGAGUCGGGGGCAUGGGGCCACUGUCUGUCGUAGUGGGCCGUAAUAUCAGGGAGGGGAAUGCCUGGGGAGGGGUUCUGUUUAGGGGUCUUAGUGUGAAAGAGAGGCGCCUGUAAUCCUUUUUUUUUUUUUUUUUUCAUAAGUAAACCAUUUUGUUGUAAAGAGUGUUCUGCUUUGAUUGGCUGCUUUUUCUUCUUGGCCCCAGCCGAAAGUUUCAUUAUUUUCAGCAAUUUUAUAAAGGUGGGGUCUCAGCUAUUUAAGCCCCAUUGUUAUUUGCUUUUA